AGUGGCUGCAGUGUGCUGGUUCGUUUAAACCCAUGAUUUACGCAGGGCGACUAAUCUUCACUGAGGUUACAGCCGUAGGAUUGUGUCGCAGCGUUUCCCUGCCGAGGCGCUGACACAGCAUCUGUUGGAAUACGAGCUCACCUCUGAAAACCAGCUCCAUCUUCGUCCCCUGUAGACUACCGCCCAGGAGCGACCACACGGAAUAACUGAACGCGUAAAUGGAGUUUCAAACGGUGUCGUGACUGUUCUCUCGCCGCCUCUCACCCUGCAGAAGAUUGCGUUGAAGUUGCACUCCGCAUCCAUACCGCCGCGGCUCUCUCCCUCGCAGACAUGGGGACCGUCCUCUCUAUAUCUCCGACGACGAAGAAGUCCUCUAUUAUGGACUCUGAGGUCGCAGGAGAUGGGCUCAAAAACGACAAGAGCCUCAAGCGACACUCGAUGUUUGUCUCUCUCUCCUGGAAGAAGCUGGUGGCCAAUUCGGCCAAGAAGAGUGCCAAAAAAGUGACCCCGAACCCACUGCCCGCCCGCGAACUCCCGUCCAGCCAGGUGGCUCAGCUGAACAGCGAAAACAUCAGGAAAACGCACCAAACCGAAGAGAAGAAACCCAAAGCGCCCAUCCCGGUCCCGGUGCCCACGGUCCCCACGCAAAACAAGGAGGCCUCCGUCCCGAACGGGAGGCUCUCCACGGUCCAGAAGCAACCCAGCAACCUGUCUCUGGUGUCACCGAGGCGGAUAGUUAUCCAGGCUUCAACCGGGGAGCUGCUUCGCUGUUUGGGGGACUUCAUGUGCCGCAGGUGUUAUAAACUGAAAGCGUUAAACAGCGGAGAGGUGAUCCUCUGGUUCCGAAAUAUUGACCGGACUCUUUUGCUCCAGGGCUGGCAGGACCAAGGCUUCAUCACGCCGGCGAACGUGGUGUUCGUGUACCUGCUGUGCGAGGACACAGUGGCGGACAGCAUUGACAGCCCGGCCGAGCUGCAGGGCACCUUCCAGACGUGCCUCUACCUCGCCUACUCCUACAUGGGCAACGAGAUCUCCUACCCGCUCAAGCCGUUCAUGAUCGAGGCGAACAAGGACGUUUUCUGGGAGACUUCACUCCGGAUCAUCAACAGGAUGAGUGCCAAAAUGCUGCAGCUGAAUGCGGACCCGCACUUUUUCACCGAGGUCUUCCAGGACCUCAAAAACCAGCGAGACACCUGCGAGUCAAACCUGGACCGCUGACAUGGAAACAACCGAUACACACACACACAUUUUUGUUUUUAUUUUUGAAGAUGAAUGUUGCAGCAUAAUCACAUGACGGUGGUUUUGAAUGUAAAGGCCAACAGUGAAGGCUUCUCACGUCUGGGCUGAAUAUCUCUCUAGUGAUGUUACACAACUCCAGUGUGGUGUUUAGGCUACAGUAGGAGAUUUCAUAAAUGCAUGCCAAUGGUAAAUUGUCUUCUUUCGUUUUGUCCCCCUGGGUGACUGGGGGAAUUUGACUUCGUGGCACAAAUCACACCCGAAGCGACACUCAAAUACCCCGUUUGGUUCAAGAUUAGCCCAUUGUCUGGGUAAGUGAGUGGAUGUCGCAGUGAGGUGGACAAGAAUAGAUCUGUGUUUUUGAGGAGUCGAGAGGCGGAGCUGUCCGAGGUGCUGACCUGUGCAGCCAUUUCUCCUCCGCUCCCUGCUAUUUGAGUCACUUGGCCACGACAGGAGCCAAGGGUGGCUUAAGAGGACCAAAGUCAGCCCCAUACACCUUAAGCACAUAAGCUUAAGCCUUGUAUGUGGAGGUGUACAGAAUUUUGUGUUUAAGAAAAAAUGUGCUAGCCGAUAGUUAAGCUGUUAAACAUGCCACAGAUAUCAGAAGCAUGUUACUUGAAGGGGACAAAACAUAUUGCUUGGUAUAACUGUAGAUAUUCCUCUUAUGGGUAACAGAGGUGAAAAGCUAGUUUCCAUCUGCAAACCAUGACUGGAUACUGCAGACAAACAUCAUGCUGUGUAUGGCUAUCUUCACACCUGGGUGGAAUAUGGCUGUGUUCAGCUUCUUUUGUGUGAUUAAAACCACCAUUUUCUUCAUAUAAGCCACCUCACCUUGAAUAAAAAAAUGCCUACCAACCUGAUGCUGUAGUGAGUUAGGCCUACCUGUAAAUAAGCUGUUUGAUCAAUUUGAAUAUGAGGUUUAGUGGGGCAGAAAUGUAAAAUCAGUGAGGGGAGUAUCUUCCCCUUGGAAUGUGAUAAGCCGCACUAAAUGGGCCCAAAGAUGGUUGUUUGGCCAUCUAUGGGCCCAAACCAUCAACCCAAGGCCUCUGUUGUGUAUUGCUUUCCAAUAUAUUGCAGAGGCCAACAUAUAGAGACUGAAUGGAAUGUACAGUUUUUCCACGAGAUUUUCGUUUUUAAAUCUCAUAUGUGCCAAAUAUUAAAUACGCUUGGCCUGACACUAUAUGGUUUACAUGUACAUAUCCCAUAUUUUAACUUUGCUCGUUAUUUUACAUGUCUCUGCCUGUUUUGAAAGUGGCUGUACAUGAUUUAGUUCAAGUAUAACAAAAAAACAAAAACAAAUAGAGCUUAAUGGUCAAAUGGUAUUUUUGCCCUGCUCUUGUGAAUGUGCUGUGGGCUUCGGGUAUGCAGGGUUCAGCUCACUUUCAGUGCAGUCAAUUCAGGAUAGGCGUCUCUUCGUACUAUAAUGUAAAUAUUGAAUGUGAAGGUCUCAUUAUUAAGUGACAGAAGACUUUAUUUGCACACAUCAUUGCAGUUUCUAUAAGCUAAAAGUGAAAACCUGAAAUCAAGCUUGUAGGUCAAACCUGACCGUUUUUAAUCAGUAUUAUACUCCUUCUAAGUGAUCAUUGUGAUGUUGUGUUGUGAACCCAUUGCUUGGAAAGUGGAAUAUAAUGCUGCUAUUUUGCACAGCUGUGAACAAACCUUUGGUGUUUUGCACAUUGGUAUAACAUAACGGUUGUGUACCAGUGUUUUCUUUCAGGCACUGGAGUGCUUGCCAUUACGUUUGCAGUUAAUGUCACCAAGUCUUGCUCUAGAAUGACCAUCUGUGAAUUAGAUCUUUUGUACAGUUAAUUUUUCCUGUAUGUCAGCUAUGGAACGUGAUAUUUAUAUGUAUGUGUUGUCUGUGGCGUUGCGCUACAGUUGCAUUCACGCUCUCUACGUGUUAAUAAAAGGUCAAUAGAGUAAUUGUUUAUGGUGACAAUGAUGAAAUAAAUCCAAAUUUAUGUAGG